CCUGGCUCGCACGGGCCCGGCCGGCGCGGCGGGGAGCGGCGGCGGGAGCGCCGCGGCCAUGAACGCGGAGAACCAGAGCCGCAGCGAGCGGCUGGUGACGGCGGCCUACGUGCGCCAGGGGGCGCAGGGCCGCCGCGCGCACGAGCUGCGGCUGCGGGCGCUGCUGGAGCAGGGGAAAUGUCCUGAAGAUGGAUGGGAUGAAAGCACCAUUGAAUUGUUUCUUCAUGAACUUGCUAUAAUGGAUAGCAAUAACUUCCUGGGCAACUGUGGCGUUGGUGAGAGGGAAGGAAGAGUGGCUUCAGGUCUUGUUGCCCGAAGGCAUUACAGGUUGAUCCAUGGAAUUGGAAGGUCAGGUGAUAUUUCUGCAGUACAGCCUAAAGCUGCAGGUUCAAGCCUUUUGAACAAACUUACUAAUUCAGUAAUACUGGAUAUUAUAAAACUGGCUGGUGUCCAGACAGUGACCAGUUGCUUUGUGGUUCCUAUGGCAACAGGCAUGAGUCUAACUUUGUGUUUUUUAACAUUGAGGCACAAGAGACCAAAGGCAAAAUACAUUAUCUGGCCACGUAUAGACCAGAAAUCUUGCUUUAAAUCAAUGAUAACUGCAGGUUUUGAGCCUGUGGUGAUAGAAAAUGCAUUAGAAGGUGAUGAGCUACGGACAGACCUCAAAGAAGUGGAGGCCAAAAUCAAGGCUCUUGGUGCUGAAAAUAUUCUUUGUGUGCAUUCUACAACAUCUUGCUUUGCUCCAAGGGUACCUGAUAGGCUGGAGGAGCUGGCUGUAAUUUGUGCUAAUUAUGACAUUCCACAUAUUGUCAACAAUGCAUAUGGAGUUCAGUCUUCAAAAUGUAUGCAUCUUAUCCAGCAGGGUGCUCGAGUUGGCAGAAUAGAUGCUUUUGUUCAGAGCUUGGACAAAAAUUUCAUGGUGCCAGUAGGUGGUGCUAUCAUUGCUGGCUUCAACGAGUCCUUCAUUCAGGAGAUCAGCAAAAUGUAUCCAGGAAGAGCAUCUGCGUCCCCUUCUUUAGAUGUCCUCAUUACACUUCUGUCUCUGGGAACCAGUGGCUACAAAAAGUUACUGAAAGAGAGAAAGGAGAUGUUUUCGUAUCUUUCAAGUGAGCUGAAGAAGCUGGCAGAUAACCACAAUGAGAGACUGUUAGAUACACCACAUAACCCCAUUUCCUUAGCCAUGUCACUGAAGACUCUAGAUGAAACUAGUGAUGUUGCUGUUACCCAGCUUGGAUCUAUGCUUUUCACAAGACAAGUUUCUGGAGCAAGGGUUGUUCCCUGUGGGUCUGUACAAACUGUGAAUAACUACACUUUUAAAGGCUUUAUGUCACAUGCAAAUGACUAUCCUUGUGCUUACCUCAAUGCUGCCUCAGCAAUUGGAAUUAAAAAGCAAGAUGUAGAUGUAUUCCUAAAAAGACUUGACAAGUGUUUGAAGACUUUUAGAAAAGAAGCAAAGCAAGAAAAAAGUAUAAAUGAAAUAAGUGAUGCUAACACAGCCACAGAACAACUUGAAGACUAGAAGAUACAGAUUUAGUAACACAGGAAGAUAAGGUUUUGUCUGAAGUAUGUCAGGUUUGUAUUGGGUUAGGACUAUGCAUCUGCUGUGCAGAAAUUUAUUCUUGAUUUUAUAUUCUUGUUAUUGAAAAAAAUAAUAAAAAUUUGGAUGGAAUUCAGCUUUAAGAAAGUAGGUGAUUCUCUCUUCAAGAACAAAGGAUCAGACACAAGUUUUUGCAAUGUAUGAAAUGCACAUAAUAUUUGCCAAAGUAAAGCUUUAUGUUCACAAAGAC